GCAACUGCUGUCCAUGGUGCUGAAACUGUUCCCCCGCGUGAAAACGUGACUCCGUAUCCUCAUUUAGCCUCAGAAUGCAGAGCACGAACAUAACAACGACUGCUUGAAUUAUUCCAGACCCCUGGAGCCAUGGCUGGCCGGUGCAAUGGCGCUUCAGGCUGGGGCGGCCCUGGGCCCGUGCCACUUUGCAACGGGGUGUCGGACCGGCGCUCCAUGGUGGUGGUGUCCGAGGCCCACGGGCAGCAGAUCCUCAGCGUGCUGCGAGGCUUCAGGGAGCGGGGCCUGCUCCUCGACUUCAGCAUCACGGUGCGGGACGAGACCUUCCCGUGCCACCGCUGCGUCCUGGCCGCCUGCAGUGACUUCUUCAGGGCCAUGUUUGAGGUGAACAUGAGGGAACGAGACGACGGCACUGUAAAGAUGAGCAACCUCUCGACCCAGGCGGUCAAGGCCUUCCUGGACUUCGCCUACACGGGCGAAGUGGAGAUCACGGAGGACAACGUGGACAUGCUCUUCCAGCUCUCGUCCUUCCUCCAGGUGUCCAUCCUGUCCAAGGCGUGCAGCGACUUCCUGGUCAAGAUCCUGGACCUGUCCAACUGCCUGCAGCUGCUGGCCGUCUCCGAGGGCUACGGCUCGGCGCGGCUCCAGCGCUGCGCCACCGACUUCAUCACGCAGAGCUUCCACGCCCUCGCCGCCACGCCCGACUUCCUGGAGAUGCCCGCCGGCGUGCUGCGCACCUGCCUGGCGGCCGACGCGCUCGACGUGCCCGACGAGGAGAGCGUCCUGCGGGCGCUGCUGCGCUGGGCCGAGCACGACGCGGAGGCCCGGCGGCCGCUGCUGACCGACCUGCUGAGCCUCGUCCGGCUCCACCAGCUGCCCGAAGCCGCGCUGGAGGAGCUGGGCGGCUCGGAGAGCCUGCUGCGGGAGGACGGCGAGUGCGUCCGGCUGGUCGGCGAGGCCCAGGGGAGGCUGCGGGAGUUCAGCGGCCUGUUCCCGGACGCCCGGCCGGCCACCACCGAGAGCUACAUCUACGUGCACAAGACGGAGGAGAACGGCGAGAUCCGCCACGCCUUCUGCUACAACAUGAGCGCGGACCGGUGGCGCGAGCUGCCGCAGCAGGCGGCGCGGCUGGCCGACAUGCCGGGCUCCAGCCUGGCCGGCUUCGCCGAGAAGCUCUUCGUGACGGGCGGCUGCCACGGCGACUGCUGCCGCACGGUGCGCCUGCACAUCGCCGAGCCGCACCACGAGGCCACGGAGGAGGCGUGGUGCUACUGCCCCGUGGCGGACAGCUUCAGCCCGGCGCCGCCCAUGCACCGGCCGCGGACCAUGCACGUGUCGGUGGCGGCGCUCGAGCGCGUCUACGUGAUCGGCGGCAAGACGCGGGGCCCGCGCGGCAUCCGCAGCCUGCUGGACGUGGAGUACUACGACCCGCUGAAGCGCCGCUGGCGCUCGGUCAGCCCGCUGCCCCGGGGGAUCUACUUCCCGGAGGCCAGUGCGUGCGGCAGCGUCAUCUACACCCUGGGCUCCGAGGUGGAGAUGGCCGACGUCUUCAACCCGUCGCUGGACUGCUUCUUCCGCUACGACGCCGCCAACGACCAGUGGAGCCAGCUGGUGGCCGAGUUCGGACAGUUCUUCCACGCCACCUUGGUCAAGGCCGUGCCCGUCAACGAGACGCUCUACCUGUGCGACCUGUCCACCUACAAGGUGUACAGCUUCUGCCCGGAGACGUGCGUCUGGAAGGGCGAGGGCUCGUUCGAGUGCGCCGGCUUCAACGCCGGCGCCAUCGGCGUCAGGGACAAGAUCUACAUCCUGGGCGGGGACUACUCGCCCGACGAGAUCACCGACGAGGUGCAGGUGUACCACAGCGGGCGCUCGGAGUGGGAGGAGGUGGCGCCAAUGCCGCGGGCGCUCACGGAGUUCCACUGCCAGGUGGUCAGCUUCAACCGCUACAGGGACCCCUGGAAGAUGGACGAUGCACAGGAGAUGACUCCAUGAAGUCCAUCUGUGGAGAACCACAGCAGGGAUGAAAACGUUGCACAUUUGCCCUCUCCUCGACCCCCGUAUGAUAGAGUCACUAAAGAGAAUUGCUAUUUUAUUGUGUCUUUUACUUUAGACUCAUUCUAUUCUAAGAAUUUUAUUUAUUUGACUAUUUAAUAGUCAGUUAUUAUUAUUAUUAUUAUUAGGGUUUUAAUGUUUUAUUUGUCAUUAUUUGUUAUAGCAAUUACAAUUUUUUUUUGUUACUGUUACCAAUACAAAUACAGUAUUUCAUGUUAUGUGUAGCAUUUUUACAAGUCAUUGAUGGAAGAGGGACAUUUGGCACACACAGUAUCAGGCACCUCCUGUGGAGGCAUGUACAGUAACGUAACUGGCCUGAUCCUGUGUGUUAGCCCCAAAAGAGCCAUACAAACCUACUGUUUCAGACUGUUCCCGUCCCCGAUGGAGCUACGUCAAAACAACCGAACCAAGGAAAGAAUAUUAGUCAUCGAUCACCAACUUAACUGUCUUGAAAGUCAUCCAACCAUUCCUCACCAGUCCGCUCAAAGUAUU